AUGGCUGUGGAAACUUACCUGCAAGGAGCGGAGAUCUCCGCAUCCCAGUUUUUUGAAAUCUGGCACCAUUACGACUCUGACGGCAGUGGCUACUUGGAUGGCAAGGAGCUCCAGAAACUUAUCCAGGACCUGCAGCAGGCACGAAAGAAAGCAGGCUUGGAUCUAACCCCGGAAAUGAAAAAAUUUGUGGACCAGUAUGGGAAGAGUUCUGAUGGAAAGAUAGGAAUAGUAGAGCUUGCUCAGAUCUUACCCACAGAAGAAAACUUCCUCUUGUUCUUUAGGUGCCAGCAGCUGAAAUCGAGUGAAGACUUCAUGCAGAUAUGGAGAAAAUAUGAUAGUGACCACAGUGGCUAUAUGGAUGCUGAAGAGCUUAAGGGUUUCUUGAAAGACUUGCUACAGAAAGCAAAUAAGCAGAUUGAUGACUCAAAACUGACAGAAUACACAGACAUCAUGCUCCGGAUGUUUGAUGAAAACAAUGAUGGAAAGCUGGAACUGACUGAAAUGGCCAAAUUGCUCCCAGUACAGGAAAACUUUCUCCUUAAAUUUAAGGGUGUCAAAAUGAGUCAAAAUGAAUUCAGUAAAGCAUUUGAAUCAUUUGACUCGGAUAGAAGUGGCUUCAUAGAUGAACAGGAACUUGAUGCUUUGCUGAAGAAUCUUUGCGAAAAGAACAAAUCGGAAUUAGACAUUAACAACAUUGCAACGUACAAGAAGAGCAUCAUGGCCUUGUCCGACAAAGGAAAACUUUUCCGGAACGAUCUCGCUCUUAUCCUCUGCACUGGGGGAAAUUAG